AUGACCGCCGCCGCCUCGAUCGACUCCAAUGUUCGGCCCGCUCUGUUCAGACCUUCGGGUCUGCACAAGUCCGACUCCUCCGUCUCCACCACCGCACUAUCCUGCAGAUCCAUCCGCGUCACCGGCGCUCAUCCGCUCGGUAGCCUUCACGUCCACCAACCUCUCGAUUCCCCGCUGUCCCAAGAAGUCGCCGCCAUGAACCCCAACAUCACACCCGACGACGACGAGCCGCCCCCUCUGGCCGACAUUGAAAAUGAGGAUACGAUGGACCUCGUCCCACAGGAACACCUGCAGCAUGAGCACGCACUCGGUGGCGGCGACAUCGUCCUCAUCAUGGACUUGCCCGCCGCUUUCACCAUCGGCUACGACUCAGUUUCCUUUACUGCCCGCGAGUUUUUCGGCGUCAGAGACAUCCCGCCCGGCCCGCACUUCUUCUGGGUCUCAGAGACCGAAGCCAGCACCACCCGUUGCGGCUUCUGGAUCGUGAGCUCGGCCACGGAGAAAAUUCACGUCAUGCAGUGGGACAAGUUCAAUGAGGUCGUCGGCGAGCCCGCCAGCCAGGUCGAGGCCCGCUUCCAAAAGGAUAACAUCCGCGACGUCUACCCCAAACUAGCGCCCUACCAGUUCCGCGCCCUCAACGCCAACGUCAAGCCCGCCGCGUCCGCCUCGCAGCCGCAGUCACAGAGCCCGGACCCCGAGUUCGCAAGGAGCACCAACAUCUGGCAGCAGCUCACUAAUGCCAUUUCUCCGAGUCUGCUCAGCAGGAUCACGGCGCGCCAGGCCGGCGACUGGGCGGUGCACACCUCCGACCGCGUGAAGGGCGCACUGAUGCUGCCCGCCGAAGUUGAGCUCGAGAAGAGAAUUCCUAACGUCGUGGCGAGCACCGAGCUCAACUUUACCUUCAGCCAGGCCGCGAAAACGUACGACGUGGAAAGUAUCGGCUCGGCGCGGACGGAGCAGGCAGUUGAUGCGACUGCACACCUCCUUACGGCGGGCAUCAGCGACGACGAUAUUGUGGGCGAGUUACAGUUUGCCUUUCUCGUCGGCAUGCACCUGGGCAACGAAGCCUGUAUCCAGCAAUGGUGGCACAUGCUGGUGGCUCUCGUCCUCAAGGCCUACACGUUACCCCUCAAGCGCCCUGAGCUCGCUCGGUCCCUCUUACAGACUAUUACUGCCCAGCUCGUGUACAACGAGCGUUAUCUCGACGGCUCCGUCCUCGACUACGGUCCAGCCUACGCUCGGGAUUUGAGGAUGGCUUUGAUCGUUUACAAGCGCCGGCUCAACGAAUUGCUUCUAGCGCUCAACUCACUCGCCACGCCCGAGCAGGCCCUCGUCGGCCAGGCUUUCUCAGACCUCGAAGCUUGGGUCUGGAAGUUUGGCUGGGACAUCCGGAGCGACUACCUUCGCAAGGGCAAGAUGAGGCUCGAGGACGGCGAGGAGGUUGAGGUGGAGCUGGACGACCUCGAGGCGGAGGACGAGCGGGGCGAGUUCGCGCCCGAGAUGGUUGAGCUGGACGAAAGCGGAAAGCAGAAAGAUCUUGUCUCGUGGGAUUAG